AAAGAAAUUGUUAGGACGAUGACGUAAUUAAAGUUAAAAAAGACGAGAAAAUGUAAAAAAUGUCGAAUUUUUUGAUUUAUAUAUUUAUUUAUUAGCCUUAGGAGGAAGUUGACCUUGUCUUUGAUACGUUACUUAAUAAAAAAAUAAAAAGAAUUUAUAGGUAGAGAGAAUCAACCUGUUUUCCUUUCGAUAUUCAAAAGUCAGUGUUUAUACAACAAGGACUGAAAUACUUUAGAUACGACCUUCAACUCAAGCAACAAGUCGUUAUAAAAACAGCUGCUUUAGGAAAUCUCCGGAAUCAGUCGUUAGUGACGUCACUAGCUCCGAUAUGGUGUUCGUUUCCUGAUGAUGACGUCAAAAGGAGUGACGUGAAUAGUUCGGUAAUGUUCGGCAGAUUUCGUUAACCAUAUAUGGGCAACAUUCGAAGACGAAGUGUGUCGAUUGCUUGCGACGUAUGAUUUACGUCACGACGCUUAAUACGUCGCCGCAGCGAAUACUAUAGAUUAGGAAGAACGUAGUACGUAGGAAGAUAUUGUAGCGUCAAUCACCAUGCACGGAUGAGGAAUGGAGUAAAUUGCGCACACUCGAAUGAUAGCGAAUGAGCGCGAGGGGGGUACCACGCGGGGGCUUUGAAUGAACGCCAAGUAUGUAGUCUGUACGUUACGUCAUGUAGUUUUUAUUUCGUCAUUUACUACACUAGACGCUAUUGGUUAACAGUCAAUCUCCUCGGUCCAUAUUUGGAAGUGAGAGGAUGACGCUGUUCAUUCAUGGGACUGGGUGUUGAUGUAGGGACGUUCAUUCAAUGGGACGUAUUUGAACGUAGAGGAAAGAUAAUGAGACGUUCAGAUGAUGUCGAGAUAUGAGACUGAAAGGUUGUGGACGUGUUUCGUUAUGUCUCGUCUUUACAAACUGUCAAGGUUGUGUCACAUUUAGGGACGCGUAAGGCACACGUGUUUUUUUGUGAAUACUCGUUGUUCGUGCCCAACCCACCCCUUUCUUAGUUUUCGUCUAUAUUGGUGUGUCGAUUUUCUUUUUCUCUUGUGUUUUUUUGUAUGUGUGUGUGUGUGUGUCGAUCGGACUGGCUUGUUCGACUCAAAAUCAUCUAGCAUGAUUACGGACUGUGUUCAAACGUUGUGCCAGCCAUCCUACAGCGAAGAUUACGAGUGCCACAGGAGUUGUAAUUGUAACGCUAAUUGUAGCGAUCUUCUAUAUUAUUACUUUAAGUACCUUCACAACAUCACCACGGAUCCUACGAACGGAGAUAGUCACUCGCCUGUUGGGGAGGGAGGUGGUGGAGGAUUAGACACCUCAGCUGACAUUAUCUCGUUACUAUCGGCCGAGAUCUACAUCCCUGAUCCCAUAAACCCUCCACCUCCUUCCCAAUCCGUUUCUGAAGCGGAGGCGGUUGUUUCUCUCCACGACAAGUUGGAAGGGAGCAUGUUCCCUACCACAAACCCUCAACAGACACCGUCAAGCCAGAGAAUCAGCUAUAGAGGUUCCUUCACCACUACUUCAACUCCUGUUUCGACAGCAACACCAGGUGCACCAACUAGUACAACAGGUUGGCCGACAACUGACAAACCGUUAUCCUUUGCGCCAAUCUUGAAUUUUUUAGGACAAGCUACUAGCUCACCAUCAACAACCACGGCGCCCGUUAUCGGCACUCCACCCCAGCACAGGCCUUCUCCGGUACCAUCCACGUCACAAUAUCCGGAAGCGUCACCUAGUCCUGGAUCUUUUGAGGCCGCUGUGGGUGGCAGAGAUCCAUCUCAAGAAACUUAUACGCAUCUUACUGGUAGUCCGCAGCAUAGCGGGCAAGCGGAACUUCUUCUACAGUACAGUGGACCAUCACCUUUUGAUACGAGCUACACACUCAAACAGCCACCUAUUUACAGCAGCUCAACAACACAGAUUCCGUCUCCUGAUACAGCAGCAGCUUUAGUCGCAGCGGCUGGAGGACUUACGACCCAGACUCUUAUGUGUCCUUCCACGGAGGAAUUAGGCUUCUCUAGACCAACUCAACCAUCUCUCACCAAGUACCAAUGGCCAAGUUUUUCUCCGAGUACCGGCCUUCAGGAAUAUGGAACUCUAAGCACCAUGCAACUGGGACCUAGUCCUCCUGCACCGACAAGUGGCUCUCCUAUAGCGUCUAGUGUUCCUAAACAGGAGCCGGCGGCAGAAGGAGGAGUAUUUUUACUUCAAGGUGCUGCUUCAUUAGCAGAAUACAAUCAAUCAACUAGCAAAGGACACGAAAUUUUAAAUCAGGCAUAUCAGAACAGUCCAGUUCCUCUGAAAUUAAUGCCUGUGAAACCAAGAAAAUAUCCAAAUAGGCCUAGUAAAACACCGGUACACGAACGUCCUUAUGCGUGCCCUAUAUCUCCUUGUGACAGAAGGUUUUCGAGGAGCGACGAACUAACACGUCAUAUAAGAAUCCACACUGGACAAAAACCGUUUCAGUGCAGGAUUUGUAUGAGAUCAUUUAGCAGAAGUGACCAUUUAACAACUCAUAUAAGGACUCAUACGGGGGAAAAACCGUUUUCGUGCGAUCUUUGCGGGAGGAAGUUUGCAAGAAGCGACGAAAAGAAGCGACAUGCCAAAGUUCACCUCAAACAAAAGAUGAAGAAGGAAGGUCGCAUGGCAUCGGCGGCGGCUGGAUCGUCAACGCAGCAGGCAUUAUCAGGUAGUAUGGGUCCAGGACCCAGUGGUAUGGGAUUAGAGGGACCCAGUACUAGUCUAGCACCCAGUACACUGGCAACCCCUCAAACACUCCCGAUGACCGUCACAACAACAUCUUUACAGUGAACGAAUCACAUUCCUCACUGUGUACCCAAGAUCAUCCUGAUUCCCAUUUAAGAAUGCCUACAAUAAGCCACCGAGUGUGUUCUUCCAUCAAAUUUACUCAAAUCCUGGGAUGUUGCAAUCAUUUACGAUGAGUGCAAUGUCAUAUCAUUUUUUAAGUCUUUCAAUGCAGAGUUUUCCACAUUUCAAACUGUUUCUGGUGCUGAGUAGAUUGAAGAUGUAAGAAUGAUUAAAAAAAAAAAAAUUGUGUGAAUAUUCGCGGGAAUCAAGUCGCUCUCACAUUCUCCCAUUCACUGCCUUGAAGACUCAGUGUCAACUUUAUUUAUACUAACUCCAACAUUACUCAAAAGUAAAAUACCUCAACUUUAGUUGACACCAUGCAAGGUACAGAUAAAAAAUUUUAGUUAAAACAAUUUCAUCCGUUAAUAGCUCAACAUUGACUAAUUAUAUUUUGAAUUUUAAAGAUGCUACCAUCCAUUCUUUCUAAAUAUUCCUACUACAUAUGCCUUCCUAUAUACAGAUAUAUAUAUGUAUAAAUAUAAUUAAUAUUUAAGAUUGGUGUACACAUGUAAAAUUAUUCAAUCCCACCGAUCUUUGUGAUAGAAAUAUUUUGAAUGGGGGUUUAAAAAAACUACCAAAAUCAAAAGAUAAGGCUAAUUAAAAUAUCUGACAAUCGUAUUUUUUUAAAAGAAAAAUUCCUAUAACUUUUUGAAAUAUCUUGGAGUAGUGCCUGAUAAUUUUUAAAAUAUCUUUUUAUUAUAAUGCACAGAAAAAAAUAUCCUAAUCUCUUUUAGUAUAUUUCAUACUUUUCAUAUUUUUCUUACACAUACAUAACUCGAAUUUCAUUUUUUUUUAUUCUGGUAAAUGAAAUAAUUAAUAAAAAAAAACAAUACAUUUCAUAAUUGCAAUUUUCAGUUGUACUAAGAUGUUAAUGGUCUAAAUUCAUAAUUAUUAAUUUAUUUUGUA